AUGCUUGCACCCAAGAUGAUGGUGAGAUGCUAUUCCAGGAGAGAUGAUCUGGCUCAAAAGCAGAGAAGGUUAGUGCAUGCUCGAGGUGGGGAUUGUGGUGAACCGGGUAAUGGGAACUCGAGCAGCGGCGUCAUCUUGGACAUCUCCUCCUUGACGAUGAACGAGCUCGACUCCGAGGUGCUUCCCCUGCCGCCUCGCUACCGGUUCCGGGACUUGCUCCUGGGGGAUCCGAACGACGAGAGGGUCCAAGUGGAGUUUUAUGUGAACGAAAACACCUUCAAGGAGCGUCUCAAGCUAUUCUUCAUCAAAAACCAAAGAUCAAGCCUGCGGAUACGGCUCUUCAACUUCUCUUUGAAGCUGCUGACCUGCCUUCUCUAUAUCGUCCGUGUCCUGCUUGACGAUCCCCAACGGAUAGGAUGCUGGGAAUGCGAAAAACACAAUUACUCAACCUUCAACCAAUCAUCUACAGAAAUAAACUGGACUCCAAUCAUAUGGGUGGACAGGAACAAGUCGUUAUGGGCAAUUCAGGUCAGCGUAGCCAUUAUUAGCUUUCUCGAGACGAUGCUGCUGAUUUAUCUCAGCUACAAGGGAAACAUUUGGGAGCAGAUCUUCCGUGUAUCCUUCAUCCUUGAAAUGAUCAACACUGUGCCCUUUAUUAUCACAAUAUUUUGGCCACCUUUGCGCAACCUGUUCAUUCCCGUUUUCCUGAAUUGCUGGCUGGCAAAGUAUGCUUUGGAAAACAUGAUCAAUGACCUACACCGAGCGAUUCAAAGAACCCAGUCUGCCAUGUUCAACCAGGUGCUAAUUUUGAUCUGCACCCUCCUGUGUCUUGUCUUCACUGGAACCUGCGGCAUCCAGCACUUAGAAAGAGCCGGGGAAAACCUGUCCCUCUUCAAAUCCUUCUACUUUUGCAUUGUCACUUUCUCCACGGUGGGCUACGGGGACGUCACGCCCAAAAUCUGGCCCUCCCAGCUGCUGGUGGUGAUCAUGAUCUGCGUCGCACUGGUUGUGUUGCCCCUGCAGUUUGAAGAACUCGUUUACCUGUGGAUGGAGCGCCAGAAGUCAGGAGGAAAUUACAGCCGCCACCGUGCACAGACAGAGAAGCACGUGGUCCUUUGUGUCAGCUCCCUCAAGAUUGACCUGCUCAUGGACUUCCUCAAUGAAUUUUAUGCUCACCCUCGAUUGCAGGAUUACUACGUGGUGAUCCUUUGUCCGACAGAGAUGGAUAUUCAGGUGCGGCGGGUCCUGCAAAUCCCACUGUGGUCUCAGCGGGUGAUCUAUCUCCAGGGAUCUGCCCUGAAAGAUCAGGAUCUAAUGAGAGCAAAGAUGGAUAAUGGGGAAGCCUGUUUUAUUCUGAGCAGCAGGAAUGAGGUUGACCGCACGGCUGCCGACCAUCAGACCAUUCUAAGGGCCUGGGCUGUGAAAGACUUUGCCCCGAAUUGUCCCCUUUACGUCCAGAUCCUGAAGCCAGAGAAUAAAUUCCAUGUCAAAUUUGCUGAUCACGUGGUCUGCGAAGAGGAGUGCAAGUACGCCAUGCUGGCCCUGAACUGUGUGUGUCCGGCAACCUCCACGCUCAUCACCCUCCUCGUUCACACUUCCCGAGGACAAGAGGGCCAGGAAUCCCCCGAGCAGUGGCAGCGAAUGUACGGCCGUUGUUCCGGCAACGAGGUCUACCACAUCCGCAUGGGAGACAGCAAGUUCUUCAUGGAGUACGAGGGGAAGAGCUUCACCUACGCGUCUUUCCAUGCCCACAAAAAGUAUGGUGUUUGCUUGAUGGGCGUGAGAAGGGAAGAGAAUAAAAGCAUCCUUCUCAACCCAGGACCAAGACACAUUAUGGCUGCCUCUGACACGUGCUUUUACAUCAACAUAACCAAGGAAGAGAACUCUGCUUUCAUUUUCAAGCAGGAGGAGAAGCAAAAAAGGAAAGGGUUUGCCGGGAGAGGCAUCUACGAUGGGCCGUCCAGGCUGCCGGUUCACAGCAUCAUCGCCAGCAUGGGCACGGUAGCCAUGGACUUGCAGAACACAGAGUGUCGCCCAAUCAACAGCAGCAAGCUCACCCUGCCGGCGGAGAACGGCUCCGGGAAGAGGAGGCCCAGCAUCGCCCCGGUCCUGGAGGUGGCCGAUAGCUGUUCCCUCUUGCCAUGUGACAUGCUCAGCGACCAAUCCGAGGACGAGAUGACGCAGUCGGAUGAAGAAGGCCUUACUGUGAUCGAGUAUGUGAAAGGCUACCCUCCGAAUUCUCCCUACAUUGGAAGUUCUCCCACAUUGUGCCACCUUUUGCCUGUUAAAGCUCCGUUCUGCUGUUUACGCCUGGAUAAGGGCUGCAAGCACAACAGCUAUGAAGACGCCAAAGCCUACGGCUUCAAGAACAAGCUGAUCAUCGUGUCGGCUGAGACUGCCGGGAACGGCUUGUAUAACUUCAUUGUCCCCCUCCGUGCCUACUAUCGGUCCCGCAAAGAGUUAAACCCCAUCGUGCUGUUACUGGACAAUAAGCCUGAUCACCACUUCCUGGAAGCCAUCUGCUGUUUCCCGAUGGUCUAUUAUAUGGAAGGCACCAUUGAUAACCUCGACAGCUUGCUGCAGUGCGGGAUCAUCUACGCCGACAAUCUGGUCGUGGUGGACAAGGAGAGCACCAUGAGUGCGGAGGAGGACUACAUGGCGGACGCCAAGACCAUCGUCAACGUCCAGACCAUGUUCAGGCUCUUCCCAAGCCUCAGCAUCAUUACAGAAUUGACGCACCCAUCCAACAUGCGUUUCAUGCAGUUCCGGGCCAAGGACAGCUACUCACUGGCGCUUUCCAAACUGGAGAAGAAAGAGCGGGAGAACGGAUCCAACCUGGCAUUCAUGUUCCGGCUCCCCUUUGCUGCUGGCAGAGUUUUCAGCAUUAGCAUGUUGGAUACGCUGCUUUACCAGUCAUUCGUGAAGGAUUACAUGAUCUCAAUCACAAGAUUGCUUCUGGGCCUUGACACCACUCCUGGAUCUGGCUACCUCUGUGCAAUGAAAAUCACUGAAAGUGAUCUCUGGAUCCGGACAUAUGGACGUCUCUUCCAGAAGUUGUGCUCUUCUAGCGCUGAGAUCCCCAUUGGCAUCUAUAGGACGGAGUCCCACAUGUUUUCCACCAUUGAUCCUCAUGACCUCAGAACCCAGUCACAGGUCUCAAUCAACGUGGAAGAUUGUGAGGACACCAAGGACGUGAAGGACUGCUGGAAUGCGAAAACAAACCAUCGGAACUCGUGUCCCACCGACCAGACGGAGCACCCGUUGCUCCGGCGGAAGAGCAUGCAGUGGGCACGCAGGCUGAGCCGGAAAGGGGCCAGCAAGCACACCACCAAAACGGCCGAGUGGAUCAGCCAGCAGCGGCUGAGCCUCUACCGACGGUCAGAGCGGCAGGAGCUGUCCGAGCUGGUGAAGAACCGGAUGAAACAUCUGGGCCUGCCCACGGCCGGGUACGAGGAUGUAGCAAAUUUAACAGCCUGUGAUGUGAUGAAUCGGGUAAACCUUGGAUAUUUGCAAGAUGAGAUGAAUGACCACCAGAACACGUUAUCCUACGUCCUCAUUAACCCCCCUCCUGACACACGGCUGGAACUCAACGACAUCGUGUAUUUAAUACGACCUGAUCCUUUAGCGCACGUGGAAAACGAAACCCACAGUCGAAAGAGCAGCUGCAGUAACAAGAUGGACUCUUGUAACCCCGAAACAAGAGAUGAGACUCAGCUCUGA